AUGCAGACGAGCUUUCCCUUUAGUAGAGUUUUUGUGUUAGGUGUUAUUUUGUUUUUUCUCGGUCUGGCCAGCAUGAUAAUAGCUAUAAUAGCGUUUGUGACACAAUCGUGGGGAAACUAUGUUGGCACUGGAAUGUGGGGCGGUGCCACAGUUCUGUCUUCUGGAAUUACAGCCGUUUUUGUGUCUCGCGUGAGGUCGCUAGCCAGUGUAAAAACAUUUUGUGUGUGUUCGGUGAUUGCCAUGUUCACGUCGUUGACGAUGCUGAUAUUAUCUGCAGGAGGACUUGCAUUGAGUAGUGGUUUCUACAGUCGCAUUGAUCUGGCAGAGUACAACAAGCGAACAUCCAACCUCAUCCAUGCUUCAUUGCUCGUCAUCUCAGUAUUCUGUCUGUCUGGAAGUGUUUUGGCAGUAAUUGUCUGUUGUAAAUAUCUGUUUUUUGAGCAUUAUAACAAGCCAAAGCGAAGGAGACAUCACAGAAACAUGUCAGAGGGCACCUUUAGAACAACUAGCACAUUGCGAGGUGGGGCUCUAAAUGGCACUAGUCAAAGGUCAACCACUAGCAGAACUCCAUUACAUGCAAGCGAGCAUGUAUCUCGCAGACAUUCGGAUAUUGUAGAUGUCAACAGGGUCCAGAUUGAGUAUAGACGUUCUCAUAAACGCUCUGCAUCGGACCAGCCGCAUGCAAAUUCUCAUUCCCGAAGGCAGAAGCAUAACCAUAUGGAUACCAGUCACGGCACUAAUGGCAACAGUAAUAAUUUGCAUGUUCUGAGUAAUGUUAGAUAUUAUCCUGAUCGCAGAAAUGGGGGCAACAGAAGCUGUAGUCAGGGAAGAGAUGCCACGGGAAAUAUUCGAGAUGUUGACAGGCCAAAUAUUACUGCAGUCAGACAAGAAUCAAAUAGACCAGCUUCACAGAUCCACACCCAGACCGGGUUAUUGCGAAAUUCUGUCACUGCCUCACCAAAUGUCCGCUUGCCAACAGAGUUUAACGAAGAGGAACUUCCUCCCUAUGAAGCAGUAGAAGCAUCUGCUAACGCAAUGAAUGGGUCACGAUCAGAUAGUGGAGAUGAGUCCGACACUGAGAAUUCAUCAAGCACUGAUGCCCAGAGCUAUGUCGGUGCUGAUGAAGAAGGUGUAGAGUCAGUUCCUAUGGUUGAAAUUCAGCAGAGCCAGUUUGAGGAGCUGUGUCAUUAUGAGAACAACUCUAGACAACAGAAAACCACCCACUGCACAUCCUCCCAUGACAAUGUGAGAAAUAAUGGCAGUGAUCAGCCAUUGGAAAGACAUUCUUGUGCUGUUCUGACUUCCACUGAUCAGAGACAAUUAGUGUUAAAUGAAUCUUCAGCUAAUCGAGGAACAAGAGGUCUAGUUACAGGCAGGGACAUUAAGAAAUCGAAUGCACCAGUGUUAACUUACAUAAAUUCUCUGCCAUCAGACCCCCAGCACUGUGACCACCUGCUGUCUGUUUCACCAGAAGUUUGUGCUCUAACAGGAGAAAGUCCAGAACCUGGAUCGCAAGGCCAUGAGGGCAGACAUUUGCCUCAUGUAGUCUCAGAAAACUUCUAUGAAAAUGCUCCUUGCUAUGAAAAUAUCAAAUGUGGCGGCAGUAAUAUCAGUGAAACCAGCUUCAAUCAUUUGUCCAAAUCAUCUUCAGGAAAUUUGUCUGACAUAAUGAGCAUGAGAACCUGUGCGAGAGAAAAUGAAACUAACUGUAAAUCUUCAGCCAAGAAAAUCCCUCUUCAUAUUAUCUCCUAUUCUCCAGUGUCGAACACAUCUCCACAGUCACCGUUAAGCAGCUUCGGUUCUCCUUUGUCAGCCUUCAGACCUGUAGGGGCAGCAUCAUCUGCAUUAUCUCCCCAAGGCAUACAUUCAUCAGAAGCUUGCAGUCCACUUCAUCACUCCAGCAGUGAUGGUAAACCGUCCCAGAAUAAUCUUGUACACAGUGGCAGCUCAUCACCUCACAAAUGUGUUAAUAUACACACAACAAAAAGAAACCAGGAACCUGGCACAGGUGUCAGAAGUAGAUACCUUGAACAAGGAGCUAUUCCUAAAGCAGUGAAACAACAAGAUGAAGAGAAUCAUGGGAACAUUAAUGUGAAUAUGUCGUGGAAGAAUAUACCACUUCCUUUAUCAUACAAUCACUCAGAAAGUGCCUCAAACGAGUCUGAAAAAAAGCUGCCUUCAAAGACAAUACCGUUUGCAGAUUCUGACCCAGAGGUUUCUAGAACUUCCUUGAAAAAAGAAGCCUCUGCUCAGAUUAACACAUCUUCCAAAGUAUCUGUACAUGUUUACCCUUCUAGAAAUGUUCUAAUGUCUUCCUCAGUUCCACCUCCAUCAUCGUCAUUGUCAUCAGGCUUGACAGUCAGGUCUUUAGCAUUACCAGUUUCCUCCAGUCUUACUGCUGCUGAUGUUCUGGCAGCCUCUACAAGGUGCACAAACAAACAUUCUGAUGCUGCGGUCACCCAGCCACAACAAAGUCAGAUAUCAACAGUGGCUUCAGGAAGCAACGGAGCAGUGUCCUCAGUUAGAGAGGCUAGUACUCAAGUUAACAGUGGGUCCACGUCUCGCUGGCAUUCACACAGAAUGGGAGGCAAUCAGACCCUUUUGCAAAGCAGACGUGAGGAACUACACAACUGCCAGCUGUCUAACAGGACAGUGGAGACAUCUGGCAGAGCAGUCAGGCCCACAAGCAUGCCUCUUUCAUCGACAGUUGGUAGUGUUGGUCAUGGAAUUUCAGGACUUGUGCUUGAGAGACAGUCCAGAAAUAGAUUAAGUGAAGCAUCGUCCUACAAUGUCUCUCACCAAGGGGGACAAGGUCAGCAGCCUCAGCCACUUGCGCUGCGACAGAACCAUCUAAUGCAGCACUACCCACUGCAACCUCAACAGCCAAGGCUUGGAGUUCAGCUACAUCAGCGAAGACAACAACAGCAUCAGCUGCAGCAAAACAUAGAAUCUCAGCAACAGCAUCAACAAAUGCAGCAGCAGCAACAACAGCAGCAGCAGCAGCUGCUACAGCAGCCACAACAAGGUAACCAGCAAAAUCUUCAAGCUCAGCAAGUCAGAAAUGGUAGACCUUUAUUCUCAGUUUUACUGUAA